CUAAGCUGGACACAACAACAACCUGCCUCUCAUCACUUUCAUCAUCCCACAAACACAUAUAGUUUUCCUGAAAGAAAGACAAAAAAAAUGGCUGAAGGAGCUCUCUUCGACCUUGCCAAGAAAGUCCUUGAAGUGGCGGGUUCCUUAGCUCUCCAAGAGAUCAAGUUGGCCCAUGGUGUCAAAGCUGACCUUGAAAAUCUAAAGAGCACAGUUUCCACAAUCAAAGAUGUACUUCUUGAUGCUGAAAAGAAGGCUGGUGAUAGUGUUGCGGUCAAAGGUUGGCUCGAAAAGUUUAAAGACGUUCUCCAUGAUGCAGAUGACGUGCUGGAUGAUUUCUCCACUGAAGCUUUGCAACGCAAAAUAAUGGCUGGAAAUAAGAUGACUAAGGAGGUACGCAUUUUCUUUUCAAGUUCAAACCAGCUUGCUUUUAGUCUUAAGAUGGGUCAUAGGAUAAAGGCAACUAGGAAGAGACUAGAUGUCAUUACAAAUGAAAUGAUGAAGUUCUCCUUUAUAAAAGGCUCCAUCGAGCCACAAGUCAAGAAUAGGGAUAGGGAAACUUAUUCUUUUGUACCUAAAGAUGAAGUAAUUGGGAGAGAGGAUGAUAAACAAGAAAUUAUAAAAUUUCUUUUGCAUACCAAUGUUGAAGAUAAUGUUUCAAUUAUUCCAAUAGUUGGAAUUGGAGGCCUAGGGAAAACUACACUAGCUCAACUCAUUUACAAUGAUGAAAAUGUUAAAACACAUUUUGAGCCGAAGUUGUGGAUUUGUGUAUCUGAUAACUUUGAUGUAAAACAAAUUGUUAAACAAAUUUUAGAAUCUUUAAAAUUAAAAGAAGAGAGCCAUGAAGAAAACCUUGACAAUUUACAAAACCACCUUCGAGAAAAACUUAAUGGAAAAAAAUACUUCCUUGUCCUGGACGAUGUCUGGAAUGAGGACAGAGAUUAAUGGCUCCUCUUG